AUGCAUUUAUCUUCAUCUCUAGCACUGCUUACUGCAGCUACAGUGCAAGCUUCGUCCCUACAAUCCCGGUCAUCCGCAUGUACCAACUCCGAGGUUCGUCUUGAAUGGAGCAACCUCACUACCUCUCAACAGACAAGCUAUCUCGAGGCCGAGCUGUGUCUAUGGAACCUCCCUGCCGAGACCCAUCUUCGGAAUGUCACCAGCCGCUAUAUGGAUCUAGUUGCGCUGCACCAAAACCUCACAGAUUAUGUCCACUGGGAUGGCCCAUUCUUGCCAUGGCACCGGUACUUUAUGCACACGCACCAGACUCUGCUUCGAGACCAGUGCGACUACACUGGUCCUAUUCCAUGGUGGGAUGAACGCAAGGAUGCGGGUGCUUUCUCCAAUGCGUCCAUCUUCUCGGCUGAGACGUUUGGGACUAUCAGCGGAACUGCCUAUAACGGGACUCUGUUCGAUCAAGACGAGUCAGACUAUGUCUGUGUGACCGAUGGGUACUUUGCCAACACAACACUACACAUCGGCUUCGGCUCCUCCGACACAACCCACUGCUUAUCCCGCGACGUCAACAACGACAUGAGCGCCUCAGCCAGCACCGCCAAAGUCGCUGAAUGCAACUCCUACAACAACUAUACCACCAUGUUUGACUGCGUCUUCCAAAAUCCCCACCAAGCCGGCCACAGCGGUGUCGGCGGCGUUAUGGGCGAUGUCUCCGGCUCUCCCGCCGACCCGAUCUUCUUCCUGCACCAUGGCUUCAUCGAUAGGAAUUGGUGGCAUUGGCAGAACCAGGAUCGAGAUGCGAGGCUUUAUCAGGUGAAUGGCCAUACGACAGAGUCUGAGCCGGAGGGUGGAUGGGUUGAGACUACACUGAAUUAUACAUUGACGUCUUAUGAGAUUAUUCCGGAUACUACUAUCUACCAUGUUAUGGAUACAGAGGGGGGCUAUCUUUGCUAUACAUAUGAUUAUUGA